AUGGAGCAAUUAAGCCCGACUAGCCCAAGCACUCCAGCGAGCGGACGCGCUCAAAAACGACGACCUAGAAAACCUUUGAGCUGCGACCCCUGCAGACACUCCAAACUCCGAUGCGAUCGUCAAUUGCCAUGUAACACAUGUCUCAAACGAGGCUGGCAGGAAUCAUGCGCCUAUGGGUCAAAUUUUACAGGAAGACAGCGGCGAAAAAGGACGGGGCUGGACUUUGUCGAGCCUGUAAUUCAGCCGCAGAUUCAGGUCCAAACUGCUAGUCGGGAGACUGUCUCGUCGCCGAGUCGGACCCCAGAGCCAAUUCAGCAACGUUGGGAUGAUAUCCUGCGACGACCGUCUGUUGACAGGAGUCCCAUAAGACCUGAUUCGCCAGAACCAACCUUUACCAUCUCUUUUGGACCGAGCGUUCACAUAACAGAACUUCUUGCUAUGCUGCCGCCAACGUCUGUCACCGAGUACUUGGUAGCCCGAUACUUCGGAACUCUCUCAUCGCUGUUCCACAUCCUUCACGGUCCGACAUUUCAAAACCAGUACUUAGAUUUCCUCAAAGAGCCCGAGAAGACCAGCCUAUCUUGGCUAGCCCUGCUAUUCGCUAUAAUCUCUUUGACUCUCAAGACCACCGAGACGAGCGAUGCUGGCCUUGCUGUCUUAUGGCAGGACACUUCUUUUGCUAGAGACUUAUCAGUCUUGUCUCAGAAGUAUCGCAACGCAGCUAUGAUGGCACUCUCCCAAGACCAAUUCUUGGUGCGUCAUGACAUCAGCACGCUUGAAGCUCUUCUUAUCCUUGUUCAUAUGAUCUCGCACAACGAGGGACCCGAGUACGGCUGGGCGCUUCUUGGAAGUGCGACGAAUAUCGCCAUGGCAUUGAAAUGUCACAUGGAUGGCCCUGUGCCGAAUUGUCUUGAGCGACAACGACGUCGGCGCUGUUGGGCAGGGAUCUUGAUUAUUCAUACAUAUCAGGCGCUCUGCUUUCGAGAUAUUGAUCUGACUUUCUUGUUGAACAUGAAAGCGACAAUGCCCGCUUGGGUUAACGAUAGCGAUAUUACCGAGAACAGCAUAACUGACGUGUCGUCACACUCACCGUCACGGCUUACUGAUAUGACUCUGAUCAAGUUCCAAGUCCGUCUCUUUCAGCUUUCCACGCAGAUUUGCUCGCACAUCUCUGGCAGCGAUAAGCUUAACCAAACAAUUCUGCACCAAUUUGAUGCUGCAGUAUCCAAAGAACAGACGGAGUGGGACUCGGUGUAUCUUGUCAACGGUGGAAGAAGUAUCCUCAACACGGCAGGCUAUGCGCAUUGGUGCACAUUACAAACCUACGCUCACCAACUAUACUUACUCCUCCACCGGCCCUUUCACAGUUCUCGCUCAAACCAUUUUCGCGCCGAGUCAAGAGAGAAAUGCAUCCAGUCCGGCCUGGCACUGCUUGACAUCCAUCACCAGUUCUUCGAACUACCGCGACUCAAAUGCUAUCGUUGGCUCGUCAAAGGGGCCAUUAGUUGCAAUGCUCUACAUGGUGCUGUCGCUCUUACUUCGUGUAUGCUCGACAUGCCUGGUGAUUCGGACUUGAAGGAGCAUAUAUCAGCUAUUGACGCUGCUGUGGUCCGUAUGGAAGCAUUGAAGAUGAAGAGUCCGGCUUGUUCGAAUGUCUAUCGUGUUCUUCGUUGUUUGAGAUCCUACCUUUCAAGAAGAGAGCCCACACAGACUGUGAUGCCCGAGCAUAUUGAGAUGAGAUUUGAGGAUUGGGCCAAUAAUGUCGAUUGGUUCAGGCCUGAUGCGAUAGAUUGGGGUUACUGGGAUACAAACUACGUAACUCCACAGACUGAGGAUACUCAAUCGAUGCUUACUUGA